AUCCAAUGUCACCCACUUGACACGUCAAAAUAAUCAUGGUGACAUAACUUUAGUUAGCUUAAAAAUAAUAAAUCUACAAUAACUUCAGAUAUGUAAAUUUACUGUACUGUAUUUGAACAUUAAGUUUUGUGAUGUGGCACAGCUCGUUAUGGAGCUAUUUGAAAGUUGAGGGAACCGAGUUGUUAGAAUGGGCGAAAUGUGGCGACAGCGUGUUGUCCACAGCGCCCACGUUUCUGUGGGCGGCGGGCGCAGCGGCGCUGGCGCAACGGCUGCUCAACACGCUGUUCCGCAGGUUCAUGUUCCGGCGAGUGCCCAUGUGGGAGUUAGUUUUGCAAAAUCUGUUGUUCAUCUGGAUCGUGAUAUACAGCCUUCAUUUCUGGUUUGUGUUGGUGAAGAUUGUUAAAGUGGUCGUCGAGUAUUGUUAUACAGAGGAUGAUAACGCGCUGGUGCCGGAGGACGUGGAGGGCUGCGAGUUGAUGAAGCAAUGGGUGAUCUGGAUGUGCGGAGUCGCGCCCCUUUUUCUGUUCAUCUACACCAGACCCAGGCCGGAGGCGCCGCCACUUAUGAUAUGGAUAACCACAAGCCCAUGGCAGCGGCGGGAGAUGGGCGCAUACGGGUACUACCUGAGUCGGCCGCCCGCCCUGCAGUCCGCGUCGGAGCUAACCCCACGGCACCAGGCGCUCGUGGAGCGGCGCGCCUUCAGCGACUCCAAGAUCGUCGUUAAAACACCCGCCAAGAAAAGACGAUAUUCUAAAUCUAUAUAAAUGUUUUAAUAAAGUA